GGGGGGAUUCAAAAAUCAAACUUUAGAGAGCUCAACUUUCGAAAGCCGAGAAAAGAUCGAUCUUUACAUAUCUAGCAUUAGGGUUUUCAGUUUCAAGAUUUGGGCGAAAAAUCAAACCUUUUGAAAACCUAGAUCUCAUCUGUAAAAGAUCGAUCUUUGAUAUAUCUUCUAUAAUCAGGGUUUCAAGUUUCAACAACUGGGGUAAACUUGCGAUUGAGUAAAAAAUGGAUUUGAGAUCAGCCCCAAAUUCUAGGGAUAAAGAUUUAAUUAGUAAGCUUCCAAACGAAAUACUUCGUCAAAUCUUGUCCUAUCUCGACAUCGUAGAAAUGGUGCGAACAUCGAUGGUGUCCAAAAGCUGGAGACACAUAUGGAGAUCGGUCCUCGCCUUAAGAUUCACUCAUGAAACCUCUUCUAGAUUUCCUAAAGAGGAAAACUUUCUAUGAAUUCGGUUAACAGGGUGUUGUUGUGUCAGGAUCCCGGCUAUCUACAUGAGUUUAGUCUGGUGGCUCCCAAGGAAUAUCCUAGUCCAGAUCUAAUGAUGGGUUGUAUACAAACAUGGGUGUAUGCACUUAUGGGACGUAAGAUUCAACAGAUUUCCAUGCAUCUGAACAAUAACUGGCUGUUAGAUUUCGCACUAGUACCGGAUGGUUUAUUCCAUUGUAAAUCUCUGACCAAACUGGAAUUGGUUAUGAAGGAUUUAGAGAUGGCUGAACUUCGAUUUCCAGAUUCUAUGUCUUUACCGCAACUGAAGUACUUAUGUCUACGCUCCUUUACAUUAGACAGAAAUAUGGAAUCAGCAAAUCAACUGAUCUCCAGCUGUCCAGUCCUCGAAACAUUGAUACUGGCAUGUAUCGAGAUUAAUGUUAAGGGAGACCAUGAGAACUUCAUUAUCUAUGCACCCCUCCUAGAACAUCUGGAAAUACGGAACAUUUGGUACAGAAAGAAGGAAGUUGGAAGCUUCAAUCCCACAAUGCCUAUCCGCCUCACUGCUCCUAAGUUGAAGACAUUUGUCUGCCAGGAUUUUAUGUUUCGAGACAAUUUUACCUUUGUCACUGACUUAUCAUCUCUGGUCACUGUUGAUGUAACAAUGGUACUCGAUGAUUCAUAUUCUACCUACUUUGCUGACGAAAAUGAUGACAAGGUUGAUGAGUAUAGUGGUACAUAUCACAUCUUUCAGUGGUACAUAGACAGAAGUUUGGUGAAUCUACGAUGAAAUUUCUUAAAUCUUUCCAUAACGCCGGAGUGCUGAAAUUAUCUCCCGGGAUUGUUGAGGUUAUCUCAGGACCUGAGUUGGUAAGUGAGCCCUCUCAACUUUGCAACUUACGACGUCUAAAGCUUCAGUUGUGGCUUACAAGAGGCAGCUUGUGUGCACUACAAGUCUUAUUCACCAUGGCUCCAAGUAUAGAAUCUCUACAUUUGUCGAUACAUUCCAAUUCACUAGACAAAGUCGAGGAUUGGGAUGCUGCUGGAUUGUCCUUUUCAACCAUGUUCCAGCACUUAAAGUUGAUCAAGGUCAGAGGCGCUGUAAGAUGCAGUAAUGAACUAGUGCUCUUGGAAAGUUUGCUAAGGAAUGCUCCGGUGUUGGAACAACUGAUUGUUUUUACAUGUGACAUAGACUCGAAUGACAACCAGCUUAAGGAUUUCAAUGAGAAGAUACUAGGUCUUCCGAGAGCUUCACAAAGUAUCAGAAUAUCAAUUUCAUCUCUAUCCUAGAUCACCCUCGUCUCCGGAAAGGGUCUCACUUGCACAGGUUAUGUUCUUUAGGAAGUCUUACCCUUGUCUUACACUGAUAGUGUCAUCUUCUUUGCAUUUCUUCACCUGUAUGCAUUCAGCUCUCUAUGAUUCCUGUUGCUUUUACAUCGAUUUUAUCAAUCCCUUAGAACAAGAGACAUAUAAAGACGAUUUUAAAGAUCCUAUGUGGAUAGUGGCAAUGGACAAGGAGAACCAUGCUUUAAAGAGUACUGGCACACUGGAGUAUGUUCCUUUUGAUCCUAGUAUGAAUGUUCGUAUAUAUGUAUGUAAAAGCUUUUUACUGGUUCUCAUAUUGUUGAUGGGUCUUGUGAGGAUGACGAAGACUCAAGUUCAUCUCAAGAACAUGAACUUUGUUGCUUUUUCUGGUGUUAGAGUUCCAUGUCCUUCUGAUUCAAACUCAGAAGGUGUGCAGUGGUUACCUAAUUCAUGUGCAACAAGUAAUACAUAUGAGUAAUAGUUCUGCC